GUCAGGCUUUACUACCGGACCACUAGAUCGAGUAGUCUUUCCUUGGUCUUCCCUAACUGAUUUUCAUCUGCCGGGCCUGCUCCUCAUCUGUCAGGUUUAACUUGAACAAAUUAGCUUUCCACACCUUUUGCGCAGAGACUGGCUAGAAUAAGGUCUAUGCACAGAGAUGAAGGUUCCCCCACCGAACAUCAAGAUCUUCGAGGUCAAGGAGCCCACCGAAACGAUGAUUGAUCAGGCAGUCGAGCUCACCGUAUUGCUCGAGGCAGAAGAUCAGUCAUGUAGAGUAUGGACGGGCGGGAAUCCAGCCGAGCUGCUCCCCAUUCUCAUGCGCUCCAUCAUCAAGGCGUCUUGGCUGUGCGAGGGUGCAGGGGAAACCUACGUUGCAAUUGACGAGCAAAAUACACUUAUUGGGUAUUCGCAGUGGAUCCCACCAGGGCGCGAUCUCUGGGACUCGGAAGAUCAACGCCAAUACGGAUACUACGACUUCAUGGAGAAGAUGUCGGAGGAGGGUAGGAAUUAUUUCAAGCAAUCGCUAGGAGAUCAAUUUCCGAAGUACCUGGACGAGUCGUUCGGUAUGCCGCAGUCUCAAUUCAAUACGCACUUCUGCAACCUCGCGAUGGUGCGGCCCGACUACCAGGGCAAGGGCAUCAUGUCAGCCAUGUUCAGAAUGGCAUACGAGAGGGCAAAGCAGACCGGGGCAACGUUGGCCUUGUCUGCAGGAGAUAAUAAUAAUGUCGUUGUGUAUGAGCAUAUAGGGAUGCAAUUGGUAGGCCACCGGACGUUCCAGUCGCCUUGGGGUGAAUGGUCAAGCUGGGCGUUCGCCUGGGAAACGAAGGAGAGUUGAUUGGGACACUCGAACCGCAGUGACAGAACCCAUGUAAUCUUCAAUCUACAAUACGUCGCAGAUAAAGAAACCACCUGUUGACAAGUUC